GUGGACCCACAGCGUCGGGCAGCCGGGACUGCCGUCGGCUCACCGCGGACUCCCCCGAGGCUCGAAUGGGAUAGAACCGGCCGAUCGGUCGGAGUAUCGGCUCGCCGGAGGGACCCGAGAGGCGUCCAACCCUAACCUGGACUCAUGGCGGACCACGACAACAUCUACGACGACGAGGAGCUGGUCUCUACCAACCCUAAUCAGAGGAAUUGGCGCGGCAUUCUGAUCGCCCUGCUGGUUAUCAUAGCAGUCCUAGCCCUUAUCGUGACAUCCGUUGCUCUGUUGACACCUCCGGACGAAGGUCCGCGAGUCAAGGGUUCCCGCUUAAGACUUUCUGAGGUACUCUCCGGGGAAUUGACGCCUCUGCUCUUCAACGGUUCCUGGGUCAGCAAUAGGCAGAUAUGUUAUCGUGAUGGAUGGGGUGGGAUUUCUUUGCUGGACGCUUCCGACCCCAACGUGACGUCUCAGCUGCUGAUGCCUAACGAGACCUUCAGGCGAUUGAAUCCCGCUAAAUUCUCCCUAUCACCAGAUCAUAAGUACCUGCUACUCGCACAAAAUGUUAAGAAGUUAUUCCGGUACUCGUACUUGGCACAAUACUCGAUUUAUGAUGUGAAGACAAGGGAAAUCAUCCCGCUAACACUGCAUCCGGACAAGGACGUUCACCCUUACUUGUUGCUGGCGAAAUGGACUCCUCGAGGACACGGUUUGGUAAUGGUCCAGGAUUACGAUAUUUAUUUCAAGACAGGACCUCAGAACAACGUGGGGUUUCGGGUGACAGAUACGGCUGUACCAGGCAUCCUGUCAAACGGAUUGCCGGAUUGGCUCUACGAAGAAGAGAUAUUGCACACUGGGGAGGCUAUAUGGAUGUCAAAGGACGGUCUCAUGAUGUUAUACGCUUCCUUCAAUGACUCCUUUGUCGAGGAGAUGCACAUACCCUGGUUCGGGGAAGGAAGUAAGGCACUGUAUCCCGAUAUUCGAUCGCUGAGGUACCCCAAGCCAGGAACUCCAAACCCUUUGGUACGACUAUACGUUGCAGAUCUUGCCGAUCUAAAGAAUAUUCAUACGAAGGUAGUGAAACCGCCGGCUAUCAUCGAGCAUGUGGAGCACUACUUCACCACGGCAGCUUGGGUCUCUUUGACAGAGAUUUGCAUCACUUGGCUGAAUCGCGCUCAGAAUCUCUCUGUGGUGACAAUCUGCAAGAGUCCAUUGUGGCACUGUCAGGAAAUGCAACGGAUAUCCGGCGAAGACCGUGGAUGGGUCGACACUCCGCCGGAAUCGCCACUAUUUUCUUCCAAUGGUGCCAGUUACAUCGCCAUUGCACCUGCAAGGGAUGGCCCAGCUGGUUACUAUAAGCACAUAGUUUACGUUAAUGUCCUGCGAAAUCAGGUGGUACCUCUUACACACGGAAGAUUCGAGGUUACGAGAAUACUCGCGUGGGACCAAGCAAAUAAUACUAUAUACUUUAUCGGGAUACCGCAGUCGAAGCCAGGCCAACGUCACCUGUACCGCGUGAGUUCGAUCCUGCCCCACGUGGGUUCGUCAUUGCACGAGGCCGUCUGCAUAACAUGUACAGUACCUGCUACCAAACCCGAGGCUCAUUACAUGUCAUCGGAUGGUCAAGUGCCGGCUCACACGGGGUCCACGAAUCGCUACAGUACCUGGGCAGAUAAAACCGACUGGAGCGAGCAGUACGAGGCCCAGGACACCUCGAAGAAGGAGCAGCAGCGGGUCUCGAGUCCCCGUAAAAAAGACAAGGGAAAGACUAGGGUCAGUUCGAAAGCUCCAGAGCCUUGUCAGUAUCACAGUGCGGUGUUUUCUUCAGAACUGGAAUACUUCGUUCUGGAAUGUUUGGGUCCUGGAAUUCCGACGGUUGCACUUUACAAGACCGACAUUCCAGAACCGCGAUUCAUUAUCCUCCUCCAAAACAAUACGGCACUCCGUGAAAAGGUUAACAAGAUAGCUCUUCCGCAAGUGAAAACCUUCCCGGUUCAGAUAAGCGGUGGUUACAAUGCACAAGUCAGAUUACAUCUUCCACCUGGGUUGCGAGAAGAUGAAAUCACUCGUUACCCGAUGGUCGUUCAAGUAUAUGGUGCUCCAGGGUCGCAGCUGGUCACGGAGAUGUUCAAGAUCGAUUGGAACACUUACUUGGCCAGCAGGAAGAGCAUGAUAGUUGCCCAAAUCGAUGGCAGAGGCACUGGGGGUCAAGGUUACAAGCUCCUCCACGAAGUGUACUAUAGACUUGGCUCGGUCGAAGUCGCUGACCAACUGGAAGUCACAGAAUACUUAAGGGAUUCUCUACAUUUCGUGGACAAACGACGUGUCGCAGUUUGGGGCUGGAGUUAUGGCGGUUUCGUUGCUGCCCUCGUUUUAGCUCAACCAGAACAAGACGUGUUCCAGUGCGGCAUUAGUGUGGCACCAGUGGUUUCUUGGAAGCUAUAUGAUUCUGCGUACGCGGAAAGGUACAUGGGAUUGCCAAACGUAACUUCCAAUUACAAGGGAUACGCGGAGUCCGACGUCUACGAGAAAGUAGAAUUCCUUCGCAAUAAAAUGUUCUACCUGGUGCAUGGCACUGCGGAUGACAAUGUUCAAUUUCAGCAGUCGAUGGCAUUAGCUCGACAUCUUGCCAAGAAGGGUAUACUGUUUCGACAACAGGUAUACCCGGAUGUUAGCCACAGCUUGGCAGGUGUCAAAGGACACCUGUACCUCUCAAUGGCUCAGUUUCUUGAUGACUGCUUUCAAAAGCAAGUACCUGUCGACACCAAAGCUGGAUUAGGCAGCGGCGGUUACGGGAUCUAGUGGGAGCUACGUGAUACUACAGAAUAAAAAAAAGAAAAAAAAAAGAGAUUAAGAAACCUUAGCAAGGCGGAAGAUAAUGUACAUGGCAAAAUGCAAUCUAAAUAUCUCCAAAUUGUGUUCUGUUUAAUAGAAUAUUUACAGGAAAAAAAGAAAGAAAAAAGAAAAGAAAA